UGGGCCAGAAUCCUCUGCCCCCAAUUUUCGUCUUGUUUAGCACCCACUAGAGGAGGGGGCCUCUGUGGAUGCUACACUCUUCGUUGUGGGAUAGUAAGGAUAAACAACUCAUUAAUUUCCAGCCCCCUUCCCAACAAAUAGGCCCACUGACUGGACAGGACAUCCCUGUCCCCGCUCAGGAAAUGCUCCUGGUAGAAGAGAGGAGACCAAGUUGGCCCCCGGAGGCCAUUUUCUUCCUCAGAAGCAGAGGUGGGGGUGGUGGAAGCAAGGCCUUCAUCCCGCCCCCCACGCCGCUGGGAUCUAGGCUCUCCUGCUUGCCUUCUCAGCCCAGGAAAGCCGCUCGUUCGCGGAUCACGUUUGUACUGGUCCCUGGGGAGGAAGCCGCUCUCAAGAGGCUGGGGCUGCGACUUGGCCACCUUCACCGGAGUGUCUCUCGAGGCCAGUCUGGGGAUCGACAUCACCCGGGACUCGAACCCUCUUUUUCGUUUUCCGAGGCCUAGACCACGGCGGGUUCUCUAAACACAGUCGCACUGUCCCUUUAAGGCGGCACGUUUUAUUCUUCAUUUGUUUACUUCUUCAUGCGCCUUUUUCUUUCUUUUUCUUUUCUUUUUUUUUUUUUUUUACAAAAAUGUGAUCGCAAUAUCCUUCCGCAAAUGUCAGACGCAGGCACUAACCACACGCCUUGAAGCCAUUAAUGUAAACUUAAGAAUGUAGAGUUAGCAGCCGUCAUCCAGCAUCGCUCUUUAUAGAAUUUAAUCAAUCCUAUUUUACACUUUAGGGACUACUUUUUAGGAAUAAAUCAUUUUUUCUUUAGUCAACACAGGCUUAUGACCUUCAGAAUCCUUCCGCUGAGAACAGAAUACGAGAAUAGAUUUUACGACGCACCUUUUCAUAAAAAUAUUCUAUGUGUGCUCUCACAGGCCAUCGAAUCUUCUCGUAUUCCUGAAACAGAAUGGUACGGUCCAGAACCCGCCUCACUUUCUCUGCAAUUGGUCGUUCUUCUUCAAUCAGUCGUAUGACUCUUGACCAAUGGUCGCUCACGUUUCUUUAGCAAACGCUAAGCCAUGGAAGGGGGCGGCCUGGGAGUCGCCCCCUCUCCGUACUGGGAUUGGCUACGUCGUACGGCGCGCGAGGACGGCGGGCCUGAAACAUGGGAACUACGACUCCCAGCUUCCCGCAGAGAGAACUCUGUUACGCAUGCGCGUGGGCGGGGCGAACAGGCUUCUUUAUAAAAGGAGAGCAGAGGCCUGGGAGGCAGCAGUUGGAAGUUGGCAGGUGGAAAGGCAGGUUGGGAGGGAAAGUCGGGGGAGGAGGCGGAAGAGGAGCUAUCGGAAGGGGGAGGAGGGAGGGAGGAAAAGAGGAGGAGGCGGAGGAGAACUGAACUGAGCAGAGCAGAGCAUCGAGCCAAAGGGGAGAUGAGUUUGUCUGUCCUCGGCUGAGGCUUUGGCCGGGCCUAGGGAACUGGGAGCUCGGGCUUGAGCGACACCCGUGGAAGUGGAAGGAGGUGGCUCUGGGACUUUAACCCCUUGUGGGCUCUGCGGCAGGGGACUUAACCCUUUGUGGAUUUGGCCCCUCGGAGGCAGCGUCAUCGGUAGUUUUAACCCCUUCGGGGCUGGGUUUAACCCGUUGGACUUACCCUCAUCACCUUGCUCACCAACUCUUCGAUCGUGGGGGCGCUCUGCGGGGAGGCUUGAGGCCCACCCCCUCAACACAUUACGCACUGUUCCUGCGCUGCACCCCCUUGGACCCGCUAGCUGGCCGCGCUGUGGGCGCUUAACCCUUUACUGACUUGAGCUCCCCAGUUGCAAUUGGAGUUUGCUGACGGAAGGACUGGCUAAAGGUAUCACUGCAGGAAUUACAAACUGAAGAGGACUUUGCUGGACAUUUUUUUUUUAAAGAAAAAUCUUUUUUUCCUUAAGGACUUACUAGUCAAAAUUUCUCUAACUUCGAGAAGAGGACUUUACUAGUCAUGGCCGAGCCACUCUUAUCAGAAUAUCAACACCAGCCUCAAACUAGCAACUAUACAGGUGCUGCUGUUGUCCACGAAGAGCGGAACCCUGAGCGCCCCCCAGGCGCGGAGGAGCGGGUACUCGAGGAGGACAGUAGGUGGCAAUCGAGAGCGUCCCCCCAGUCGGGUGGCCUUCCAGUGCCGGAGGGGGAAGGGAGCCUGGAGCCCCAGCCGCCUCCUCUGCAGACCCAGGCCUAUUCACAACCGACCUGCCUGGAAGCGGGCGAGAAAGGCCAGAAUGGGGACGACUUGUCCACUGGCGAUGCUUCCCCGCCGGCGGCAGGAGGGGAACCGAGGCCCGAGGCUGAGCUUAACGCCCAGCCUUGUCAUGACUCCGAGGCCAACAAGUUGGGGGCUCCUGCUGCGGGGGACGAGGAGGCGUGGGGACAGCAGCAGAGACAGCUGGGCAAGAAAAAACAUAGGAGACGCCCCUCCAAGAAGAAGCGGCAUUGGAAACCAUACAUCAAGUUGACCUGGGAGGAGAAGAAAAAGUUCGAUGAAAAACAGAGCCUACGAGCUUCGAGGAUACGAGCCGAGAUGUUCGCCAAGGGCCAGCCGGUCGCGCCCUAUAACACUACACAGUUCCUCAUGGAAGAUCAUGACCAGGAGGAGCCGGAUCUCAAAACCGGCCUCUACUCCAAGCGGGCCGCUGCCAAAUCCGACGACACCAGCGAUGAGGACUUUAUGGAAGAAGCGGGCGAGGAGGAUGGGGGCAGCGACGGGAUGGGAGGGGACGGCAGUGAGUUUCUGCAGCGGGACUUCUCGGAGACAUACGAGCGGUACCACGCGGAAAGCCUGCAGAACAUGAGCAAACAGGAGCUCAUCAAAGAGUACCUGGAGCUGGAGAAGUGCCUCUCGCGCAUGGAGGACGAGAACAACCGGCUGCGAUUGGAAAGCAAGCGGCUGGGCAGCGACGACGCGCGUGUGCGGGAGCUAGAGCUGGAGCUGGACCGGCUGCGCGCGGAGAACCUCCAGCUGCUGACCGAGAACGAACUGCAUCGGCAGCAAGAGCGAGCGCCUCUUUCCAAGUUUGGAGACUAGACUGAAACUUUUGGGGGGAGGGGGCAAAGGGGACUUUUUACAGUGAUGGAAUGUAACAUAUACAUGUGUAUAUAAGACAGUGGAUCUUUUUAUGACACAUAAUCAGAAGAGAAAAUCCCCCUGGCUUUGGUUGGUUUCGUAAAUUUAGGUAUGAUGUAGCUUGCGUGCUUUCUCCUGUUCUUUAAUUAUGUGAAAUCGAAGAGUUGCUUUUCUUGUUUUCCUUUUUAGAAUUUUUUUUAAUGUGAAAGUAAUUUGACCAGGUUAUAAUGCAUUUUUCUGUUUAAAAAAAAAUCCCCUCCUUAAACGGAGCUAUAAGGUGGCCAAAUCUGAGAACCAUUAAAUUCAUUUUAGUUAUAAUAAAUUUACUAUUUGUAAAUGUAACAUAGUUUCAGUGUGAUUUCUAGAGCUAAUCAAAAUAGUAUUGAUUUAUGUGAUUGCAGUUUUUGGGGAGGAGAAACGAAAUCUUACAUUUGUCAGUUUGCAAAAAUGCCAGUCUAAUUGGGAGAAUUUUCAAUUUGCUGAUGUUUUCCCCUUGAAUGGGUUUUAGUAUGCUACAAUAUAUAAUUCAGGCAAAAUAUAAAGAUUUAAUUAUCUUCAAUACCUAAGUGUGCUUGCUUUCUAGUGCCUUGGUUUUCUUGAUGCUGGAGAAAUAAACCAGUGUUGGGUGUUUGGGGGAGUGGAAAGUGCCUACAAUCUUAAGUUAAAAUUUAAUUCUGCCUCAUCCAUUCAGAAGUCUAAUAACAACAAACUGUAAACCUAAUUUGGCAGUUUGUUAGGUUAGACAGCUAUCAGCCUCACUUCAUUCCUACAAGUUGGUUUUCAGUAAUCUGUCCUUUCCUCCAGUAAGGCUGGAAAGAGUUCCUGGAUGCCUGGAAGAGGCUCUUGCUAAACCUCUUGAUUCUAACCAGUGCAAGCAGUGGUUAGAUUAGGUAAAUUUAUCGUGCAGUUCUUUAUGUUAAUAUGUUUAAAAGUAAAGAAUAUUGGAUUUAUAAAGGAAAUGACUGGGGACUCCAAGGACUUACCCUAAUUUUCCAACACUUAGUGCUCAUUAUAGGAAAAAAAAAAGAAAAGGGCACUGUUCACCCUUCCAUGUGAGUCAAAAUUAAUCAGAAGUGGCCCCUCACUACAGAUCAAAUGUUAAGCUAAAUGAAGCCCUUAGAAGCUCAAUGAAGAACUCUAUACAAUCCUUACAGAGCGGCUAUUCUCACUAACCUGUGCUGAUAGCUUGAGUACUGCCCUUGAAAACGAAGGGCGGCCCUGAGAACUAAUUUCUGUUCAAGAAUCAAAAUAGAAAUUACAAGAUAAUUCCUACCUGUCACUAUGAUUAACCCAGCCUUCCACCUGCCUGUGUCAGUAUUUUACCUAGGGCAAUUACAUUGCACUAGGGCUUCCUUAACUUGGGGCCUUAGAAACUACCGUAGGACGUGGGGUCCAUGAGCCCCGUAAGAUUAUAUGUAGACUUGUGUUAUAUGGGUUCAAGAGAUUGAGGAGAUUGUGAAAUUUCUUGAAGGUUAAGAACCCCUGCAGGGCAGGGGUAGGAAACCCUCCCAUUGGGAAGACUGCCUGUGCAGCUAAAUGGUGAUAAGCAGAGGUGCUGGGAACUUCAAGAGUAAAAUGCACCUUAUGAUGCACUAAAAAGUGUACACAAAUCAAGGGAACUAUACCAGUAGGAAUGAAAUCAGGGCCUUCAAAGCUGGACUGAGUUGGUCCUUAUUUUGCCUCCGAUGGUCCACUGAAGACAAUGUACUAUUGCUUUUUUCUUUGGCCUAAAAAUUGUAUUAAAUGUCUAUUUUGAAA